AUGGGGGGCUUCUCUGUGGAUUCCCAGCAGGGAUUUUUAGUUGGGGUCACUGAGAAGCGCGCCACGCCUACCAUCCCCCAACUCACCUGGAAACAGCACCAUCCAGUGUGGGUUGAUCAGUGGCCCCUAUCUGAGACCAAACUGCGCGCACUGGAAGCCCUUGUGGAAGAGCAGCUUGCCAAGGGCCACAUCACUGAGUCCAACAGCCCUUGGAACUCCCCUGUCUUUGUCCUACGCAAACCAGGCAAGGACAGGUGGAGACUCCUUCACGACCUCCGGAAGAUCAACGAUGUCAUUGAGGACAUGGGACCCCUCCAGCCUGGCAUGCCCUCCCCUUCAAUGCUCCCCCGGAAUUGGAAGCUGGCUGUCAUUGACAUCAAAGACUGUUUUUUCAACAUACCACUCCAUCCUCGGGACGCUCCCAGAUUUGCAUUCUCAGUUCCCUCUCCAAACAGACAAGCACCUUUAAAAAGAUACCAUUGGCGGGUCCUUCCUCAGGGGAUGAAAAAUUCUCCUACCAUCUGCCAAUGGUACGUGGCCCACAUUCUGUCACCUGUGAGGACCCUGUUCCCAGAUGCCGUCAUCCUCCACUACAUGGAUGACAUCCUGGUUUGUGCUGCUGACGAUGACUAUCUGCACCGGACUUUACAAAAAACUAUCCAGACAAUUGAGGACGCUGGAUUUGAGAUCCGAGAGGACAAGAUCCAGCACACCUGCCCUUGGACCUACCUGGGACUCCAGAUCCGCGAGCGGACCAUCGUGCCCCAGCAGCUGACCAUCAAAGACGACCCCAAGACCCUGCGGGACCUACAUCAGCUCUGCGGGUCCAUCAACUGGAUACGCCCUCUGCUUGGGGUAACAACAGAAGUCCUUGCACCCCUCUUCAACCUGCUCCGUGGCAGUGAGGUCCUCGACUCACCACGCUCCCUCACGCCAGAGGCCUGGGAAUCCAUCACCAAGGUCCAGGAAGCCCUGUCUUCACGACAAGCCCACCGGUAUGAGCCCAGCCUGCCCUUCCAGCUGGUUAUCCUGGCAGCCCACUGCAGCCUGGAAACGGAGACGUCAUCAGAGUCCACCGAACCGACCUGCUGCCAGACCAACAACCAGACAGAGGCCAAACUGUCCUGCUACCAGGGCCGCAACGAGACGACUGCCAACGUCACGCCUGACACCGUGACAAAAAUGGAGAGCAAAACCAUUCUUGAGUUCCUGAUGUUCCUGAUUAUCUGGAUGCUCCUGAAAACAUCAGCUAUGGAUGCCUGGCUAGUAGCACAGCCCCAGGAGAAC